AUGUCAGACAGUGAAGAAGAUUUAACUAUUAGCAGACCUGAUUUUGUUACAGUGAGGGGAUCUAUGUGCAAAAUUUUCAAAGCAAAAAAUAAGCCUGAAAGACUUCUCCACAAAUCUAUGGGUGUAAUAAAUCCUGUUCAUGUGUUUGAUGAUCCAAGAAAACACAGACCGAAUGUUUAACUUGAGCCAAGAACAAAAGAAAUGACUCUAUUUGAUUUUUCAUAAAAAUAUAAAGAAAAAGCUUUUUUGCCAGAACAUUUAACGACUCCAUUCAUUUAUAUAGAGAAAGUUGUUUAAAAAGAUGUAUCUGGUUUUCGUACAUUUUAUCAACAUCCUGAUCAAUGGAAUCUAUCAAAUAAUCCUCAUUCUACAAGAAUUUAAACAUAAAUACCUAAGUAAGAAUUAUCAGAGCUUACAAGAUCAAUUAUUAAAUCAAAGAGGGAAAAGGGAGAUACAAACGAUUAUGAAUAAAAUGAAAGAAUGAAGAGAUUUGUCAGGUAUUUCUUUAAGAAUCUAACUCAGCUUCUCUAAGAAAAAAGAUUUAAUUAAGAAUUGGCAAAGGAGCUACUAAAUCCUAAUAGUAAAUUGUGGAAGGAAAGAAGCAUAAAAGGGUAGAAAGAAAAGCAAAAAGAUUAGAAAGAUGCAUAAGUUAUACAAGAUAUUGAUACAAAAGAUAAAAAGACUGUAAAUAAAGAAUUUAUUGAAUUGGAUAAAGAUUACUCGUUAAGGGAAUUGUGGAAGGCCUUUUGCAUUAUUAAAAAAUUAGAUUUUAAGCAUGAUGAAAAAUAAAUAGUUGAGUAGAAUAUUUUUAAGGACUUCAUAAUUUCGUUGGGCUACUUAGAAAAAAAAUGGAAUGAAAUAGAUAAAUACUAUGAUUACUGCAACAAAAAGGAAGAUGUGGGAUUGGUUCAUCCUUCAGAAUAUGAUGAAAAUAUUCAUAAAGGAGCGGAAUCUCCAAGAAGAGAUGGAAAUAAUGCAGUUGAUCAUGCAGAUUUUGGAAAUAGUCCUCUAAAAACAAAAAGUGAUUUCAUGAAAAACUCUAGCUUGUUAUAAUGGAAGCCAGCUAGAAAGAAAUUAUAAAAAUCAUCUUUUUCUAUGAGAGCUUUUCUUUACAACUUUGAUAAAUACCUAAGAGAUAUAGAAAAAAUCCCUUAUGUUCUAAGUGUCAGAGCUGCAACAGAAAGAAAAGUUGGACUUAAAUAUUACGUCAAUAACUUUUUUAAAUAAUAUGAAACUACUAAAAAUUAAAUGAACUAAAUAAGAGAUUUAGAGGAAGAAUGUUACAAUAUCAUGAAAGGAAUAGCUUCUGAAUAUAGCGAUCCUGACUACAAUAGGGAAAUGUAAAAGCUUGAAGAUUUAGAAAAUUAUUUGAAAAACUAACCAAAAGAGAAAAAGAUCUCAGCUGAGGAAAAAUAAAAAAUAGAAAAUGAAAUUGUUCUGUAAAAGGAAAGAGCCUAAGUUGAAAUCGAUAAGCUGAAUGAGUUAUAUAGAAUAGCUCACGAUUAAUUCUAUGAGUUAUGCAAUGAAACAGAUAGAGUAUUUUAUGAAAAAAGAGUAAUUAUGAGGUUCUGCCUUCCUAUAUGUAAAAUAUAAGAGCUUUUAGUCAUGAAGAGCGUUGAAGAUGCUGCAGCUGAUAGAAUUGUAGCCAUAAGAGUAGAAAUGGAAAUUAUUUCAUAGUUCCAUGACUUAUUUUUAUAGGAAAAAGAUGUGUAUUAAGAGAAAGCAUUCAAAUUAUUUGAAUUAGCUAAUUACAUACAUGAAAAUAAUUUUAUAAAAUCAGAGUUAGAUGCUAUUUCAUAUUUUGUUAAAAAGGUUAAAAGCAAUUAUAACGUAAGUAGAGGGCAACCUAAAAAUUCAUACUUAAAUCCUAAUCAAUAUAUCUCAAUAGAUUUGUUCACUAAGACUUUCAAUAUAUUUAAAGAGAAAAGAGAGCAUGAAAUUGAAAUAAUAGACAAACUUAUUGAACAUUUCCAUGACAUGGUUGAGAAAAAAAUGCCUUCAGUCAAUUAAGAAAGAGUGAAAUAAAAAAUUGAAUAUAAUCUAAUGUAUGACAUAUUCCAAAGAAUCUUUGAUGAUUAUGAUGAAUAGCUUGAAAUCUUAUUUAGAAAAGUGACCAAUGUAAUUGAAUUUAUACUAAAUGACAAAAAUUCCUUACCACCAAAGUAUAAAAACAUGCUGGCUUAUCUAAUUUGGGGGAUAUAUGAUCGCUAAGAUGAAUAUUUACCUCUAGAAAUUAGAUAAAAAAUUGAGGCUUCCCCGUCAAAUAGUAAAACACCUGUCAAUAAAAAACUAUUUGGAAUAGGUAAACUUGUAGAUUAAAAUGAGAAAGAAGAGGCGAUUGGAGAAAUUUUAGGUUACGGUAGUGGUAAAAAUAAAAGUCAGGACAGUGAAAUAGAUUUUGAAAACAGGUAAUACUUAAACUAGAAGUUUGAGUAAAAUGGAUCGUUGGUUUAGUCUGAUGAAGAAUUACUCAGUCCCUUCUAAAACAAGAAGAAAAAAUAGGCUAGAAAAAGUGUUGAAGAAGAUGAAGAGUUUGCAAUUGAAAUAUUAAAUAAUAAAAAUAAUAAAUUAUAAAAACCAGGAAAACUUCCUUUCCUUAACGAUAAUGAUAUAUCUAGAAUUUCAGAUAACUAAGAUAAUUUUGUUAAAUUUAAAUAGUGA